AUGUCACUCGAUACUACAGAACACGUUCCUCCAGUUGUCAAAAAUGACGACGAGAUUGAAGUUCCACAAGAAAACUCAAAGGAAACAAAUCACAGUUCAAACCAAAGCUCACGAUCCGAGUCCUCUCGUUCCGACACAGACGAUGAUUUUGAUCUCAACGUUCACCGUAAAGUUGAGGUUUCCAAAAUACAACUUUCAGACGACGAGACUCCAAAAGAAACUGAAAAAAAGACUCCAAGAAAAUCGCCAAGUCCAUUUCCUGAUAUUCCUGAUUCGGUCAUUCCAGAAACACUCGAUGACGUAUUACCAAUUAAAGGCCUUUCAGAUAAAGCACUUUUCAAUCUUUCAAAGUAUAAUUCAACAAAUGAGAAGAUGACAAUUCAAGAUUAUAUUGCUGGAAUAAGUGGUAUGGAAGGGGCACUUUUUGAUAUAGAGAAAGUCAAAGUCCCUGGCCUCUUGGCGAAAGAUUUUGCCGAUGAAGUCAAGAACUUAACGAAGUCGUACAUUUCUCUCAAUUUGAAGGGAAGAGGUGUCAUGUUCAUAUCAAAGAACUAUUAUAGGGUACACGCGCUUUCAUUGGCUGCUGUAGGUGCUGGGAUGUAUGUCAUUCACAUGAACCCCUCUACGCCGAUGGUUUCGUUGGUUGAAGCUGUCAAACAGUCUGGAGCAGCACAAAUUGUGUGUGAUUUGGACAAUAAAGAUUAUGUUGUUGAGUUGAUGAAAUACACAAAACUGCCAUGUCUACUUAUUAAUGGUGUUAUGAACGAUGGUUUUGUUAAUUACGACGAUUUCAAAAAAAUAGCAGACUCAGUCGAUGACGCAAAAAUUGACGAGUUUAGAAAACAGGCUAAACCUACUGACAUUGCCGAAAUAGUUUUUUCAUAUGCUGAGAAUGGGAUCAGAGGCACAAUGUGGACACAUGGCAAUAUCAUCGCACAGUGCUGUGCACUUAAAUCAAUGUUCAACUUGACGAACAAGGACAGAUAUAUAAUGUGCCACAACAUGUCGUAUUAUGUUGAGAGAUUGUUCUCGUUGUAUUUACCAAUUAUGGUUGGGUACCACGUCUAUAUUUCUACGGACGUAUUGUAUCGUGAGAACUUGAAGUAUUUCAUUGAAAUUGCUAAAAAAUUUAAACCAACUAUUUUAGUUGGAGUGCCACGACUUUAUGAAAAGUUGCUUUUUAGAAUUAAUGAAGCUUUGAAGAAGUCUAAACUUGCGGCCAAAGUGAAAGAUUUAGCGGUAGAUGGGAUGGUUAAACAAGAAGAAGGCAAAUCAAAGCCAGUUGGGUAUGGCACAUCACGCACUUUGGUCUUCAACAAAGGAAAAGAAAAGACAGGAGUGAUUGACGUUAGGUACUUCAUAUGUGCUGGUAUUCUGAAUCAGAAUAUGUUAAAGGAUAUUAUGGGGAAAGGCAUUGAAGUCUUUUGUGGACUUCCUUUCAUAGAAACCACUGGAUUUAUCGCACUUAAUAGAGAAAAGUGUUUGCAAUUGGAGUCCGUUGGUAAAGUUAUUCCAGGUUGUGAAAUUUCCGUUCAAAACAAAAUGUUGAUGUGCAGUGGACCUACAAUAUCUGGUGGGUACACUGUUGGAGAGAUUGGAGAACAUUUUAACACGGAAUGUGAAGCAACUUUGAACAAUGACUUUGUGGAAAUCAAACAAUACAAAAACACUGCGAUUAUGACGAGCACUGGCGAGUUCGUGUCUUAUAAAUUUGUUGAGUCUCUUGUGAAAAGUAUAACGGUGAUCAAGGGUGUACUUAUUGCGGGAAAUGAUAAGCCGUAUUUAAGUUGUAUACUCAAUGUGGUUUAUGCCAAAGCUAAAGACGUAUUGAAAGAGAAGUGUCCGACAGAGAAGAUGCUGGCACGUGAUGCCUACUUCGGCACUUUCAUUCGUCAACGAAUUGAUUGGCUUAACAAACAACUUCCAAAGCCACUUCAGAUCAAACGGUUUGGUGUGAUGGUUGAUGGGCAACCAGGCACUGACUUAUUGAAGGAGAACAUGAGCUUUGAGGAUCAGAAAGUUGCAAUAGUGAAAUUCCAACCGUUUAUUGAUAAAUUGUAUGUGAGAGGAAUUGUGGAAAAAGAAGGCAAAGCUUCUAAAACAGAGAAAGAGGAACAGAAGAAGCGACGCAAAGCGGAGAAGGAGAGAGAGAAAGAGGAGAGAAAGCAAGCAAAAGCAGAGAAGAAGCUUAAAGAAAAGGAUCAAAAGGCGGAAAAAGCGAUGCAAAA